AUGGAGGUUGCGGACCUGGCAGACGAGGUGAGGGGUCUGCAGGAGCUGGUCGUGAAGUACGAGUCGGUCCUCAACAGGGUUCAGGCCGACUGCAACGUGAGGGGUGAAUUUCACGGCGCCACGACCGACGGGGCUGCCGUGUCUGACCUGACGCAGGAGAUAGCAGGCGAGAUGAGCAGGACCAGCAGGUCCGGCAGCCCUAAGCACGUUGAUGCCGCCAUGCUGAGGUGCGUUCACUCACUUCCAGAGGCCUCCCAGCCGAAGCAGAUCUCCAAGGUGGAGCUCCGCAUUUCGACCCAAGCUGUGGCAGUGAUGCCGCCUGCGGCUGGGAGGAUGUGCCAGAACAAUAUCCACGAACGCCGGAAGAAGAUCAAGAAGAGUACCAAUGCCGCCAGCCGCCGCACCUUUCUGCAACGCUUCAUUGACCACUGGUUCUUUGACAUAUUUUGCGCAGCCAUGAUCAUUGGCAAUUCCUGCGUCAUCGGUCAUGAUGUGCAGUGGAUGACCACCCACACGACGGAACCGGAAGUGUCGAAAGUCAUGGGGCUGUUCUGCUCUGUGUUCUUCUUUCUCGAGUUGGUUGUUCGCGUACUAGCCGAUGGCCCGCGAUUCUUCUUUUACUAUUCCGAGAACAGGAAUUGGAAUUGGUUCGACUUUUUCCUGGUUGCGAUGUCGUUCUUUGACAUCCUGUCGUUCUCUGAUAGUGGUUCAGAUGCGUCCUCCGUCGGCAUGGGCAUCAAGACAAUCAAGAUGUUGAGAAUUGUUCGCGUACUGCGCGUGUUCCGUUUCUUCACCAAGCUCAGCCAAUUGGCAUUUAUGAUCAUAGACUCUGUGAAGUCGUUGGUCUGGGCUCUCAUCAUGCUGGGAAUCGUGAUUUAUGUCUUCGCCAUCUUCUUCACACACUAUACCGCGGAGUACACGAGGCUUCAGGGAAACGGUCCAAACGCCGUCUUGAUCGCUGAGCAUUUCGGUAGCCUUUGGACGACGAUCUUCACCUUGUUCCACUGCAUGCUCAACGGCAUCAGCUGGUACACGAUACCCAUCGCGCUGAGCGCGAUCCCUGGUUGGACAGGCCCUUUCCUGGCAGUCGGGUUCGUCGGCUAUCUGUCUUUCACCAUGCUCGCCGUCAUGAAUAUCAUCACUGGUGUCUUCGUGGACAACGCCGUGGAGACCGCGAGGACGCAGCGGGAGUUCCUGGUGCAGAAGGAGAUGGAGGUCAAAGAGCAGUGGCUCUCGGAGAUGCGCAACAUCUUCAUGGAGAUGGACGUGGAUGGCUCCGGGACCGUGAGCAGGGAGGAGAUCCUCGGGUUCGUGAACGACGAGCGCGUGCAGUAUUACCUCACGGCCCUCGGGCUGGACGUAGACGACGCGGAGCGGCUGUUCGUGCUUCUCGACGAGAACCGUGAUGGGGAAAUCGAGCUGGACCAGUUCUUGUCCGGGUGCCUGCGUCUCAAGGGAAGCGCCCGCAGCAUCGACGUGUGCAGCCUCAUUCACCAGUCGCGCCAGCUCUGCAAGCGCAUCGAGGAGAUCGACGUCCUCCUGCACGACUUCAUGGGGAUCCAGAACAACGGGUCGGCAUGGCUGAUGCCGCCGCUGAAGCACAGCCCCAAGAGCGGUUUCUCCGUGCAGAAGGAGCUGACGCCCGACAAGACCCCGCCAGAUGCUGCAUGCGGCGGGAAGACCGACGCGGACAACGCGUACCUCGCUGGAGCUGCGCAACCCGACGCGUCCCAUGCCCAGCCCAAGCCUCCGUUGGUGCAGAUGCGCUGGAGGAGCGGGGACUUUGCGGUGCGCGAGCUGUUCGAGGCUCCCACCUACUCCAUCGUCAGCUUUCCAGAGGGCGAGGACGUCUCGGGCCUGACGCUCGACAUGCACAGUCUGCGGCUGUACUGCUAUUGCGACGGCGCCAGCCCCUGCGCCACCACGGGCCUGACCAAGUGGAACCUCACCCACGGCGCGCCCCAGGAGGCCACGGCGACCGUCGCGGCCCGCCUUGCUGUGGACCACCCGCUGCUCGCCGCCCGCACCUCCAUUGGGGUGCCGCCCCCGGCGCACGUGACCGUCGCCUGGGGCUCGGCGCCCCGCCGCCCGCCGCGCGGCCCGCGGCACGGCCGUCGCCGUCGCAGUGGCCGCGGGCAUCGCCGCCGAGCAGUCGCAGUGGUCUGGGGCAUCUCCGUGAGGCAGCCCGAGUGGUACAACCUAUGGGCGCAGAGGCCGCACCGCUGGCAGGAGUGGGAGUUCGACCCUCUGUUCCAGGUGAACGACCCGUGGGUCCAGCGCGCCAUGAUGGGCCUCUACGACAACCUGUCGGCGGACCUGCACGCGCAGCCCGAGAGCCUGGACGGCCCCUGGCCCAAGGCCUUCGCGAGCUGGCUGGAGCUCCGCGGCCAGUCGUACCCGUCCAAGGCCUUCCAUGACGAUAUCGUGCCGUUCAUCGCGGAG